CCCGUCCAUCGCUGAGUGCGCGGUGGUUGGCGUCAACAACCGGGCCGGUACUCAUUGGCCCCGGGCUUAUGUUGUUCAGAAAGUUGGGGCACCGGUAGUUAAUGAGACAGACAUUGAAAAAUUUGUUGCAGAGUGGUGUGCAACGGGAGGGACACCAUUCUGAAACGAUGGAUGUGUUUGUGCUGGCAAACUGUGAACUCAAGCGUUCCCAUAAGCUAAUAAAAAUGUCCCAGGAGACACCGAGAACCGAGUUAAUUGCGUACGGUAACAUAAUUUCUCUAUUGGACAAUAUGGGCGCGCUAGAAUUUUCAAACUAUUUACUCGUCAUAAUAAACGAGUGCCAAACAAAAAAGGACGAGAUGAUUAACUUGAAACGCAAACUCCGCAACCGGAAAGUGGACGCCGUAGCUCAACAGGAUAAGUAUAGGACUGAUAAAAUCUUAUGGUGCACCGUGUCGUGUGCUAGCUUAGUCGCGGGUGGGGUCGCCGCGGCUAUACCCGGAGUCAAUUUGAUAGUUGCGGGAGCAGUGUUGAUCACAAACGUCGCCGCAAUUGGUGGUAAUAUGAAGUGCGACAGAGACAAUAAUCGCGAAGUGCUAAAGAUUGUUAGCAAGGUGAAUAACUUGUCAGAUAACCUGAAGUCGACGGCGAUGAUCGUGUCCGAGAGAAAGGAGGAAUUCAUUCGGGAACGCAUACGACUGAUUGAGGCCGGAAUUAGCGAGGAGUACGCCACCUUGGUGCUUAUCAUAGCCAUGCUACGAAAUAAGACUCGCUUUAAAAGUACGCUUCCAGCCCAAACGAAGCGACCACACAUAAAGUAUCAAGCUCCAUUUACAUCGAGCUUCACGGUCGCUACUGCAUUGCAGUCUGCGAAAAAGUACGGACUCUAUGCGUUCGAAAAAGCGCCAAAAUUAAUCAAGGUGUCGCCAGAGUUUAUGGGUGGAGUGGCCGCGGGGCUGGCAGUAUUGGGUGUGGCCUUCUCUAUAUACGAUUGCGCCAACGCGUGCCUCAAAACUAGUCCGGCUAUUGUGGUCAUCGACGAAAUGGUCGACGUAUUGACCAGCGGUCAGGAGUCGUUGGAUUACUUCAUCGGCCUCUUGAAUACCAUAAGGAUUACAAUCAAUCAGCAGGAGAUCAUUAAUAGCCGAAUGGAAAUGAGGGCUGAGAUCGAGAGUAUCCGACAAGAAGUGCGGGAAUCCAUGCAUGACCUGCACCUGGAGUUCUCCGGCUUUAGACGUGAGGUCCGGGAUGGAAACAGGAGGCAAGAUGAUACAUCUCAAAGGAUCCUGGACACCCUGUCCAGGCUUGAUCGCAUCUGA